GCCUUUGCUGUCCUGAAGCCGGUUAGAGGCCAUCUCCCUGGCUCUGGGUCACAGCUCUCCGGAUGGAGCGGGCAGUGCUGCAGGUGCUAGUUAUGCUGGCGCUGGGAAUGCACUACCAGUGUGCCUCAGGGUUCCCGGUGUAUGAUUAUGACCCGUCUUCCCUGCGGGCAGCCCUCGGUGCCUCGGUGGCAAAGGUGAACUCGCAGUCUCUGAGUCCUUACCUGUUUCGGGAGACCCGGAGCUCCUUGAAGAGAGUCAACGUCCUGGAUGAAGACACCUUGGUCAUGAACUUAGAGUUCAGUGUUCAGGAAACUACGUGUCUGAGAGAUUCUGAUGACCCCUCCACCUGUGCAUUCCAAAAAGGCUACCAUGUGCCAACAGCUGCUUGCAGGAGCACCGUGCAGAUGUCCAGGGGACAGGUGAAGGAUGUGUGGGCUCACUGCCGCUGGGCCUCCACAUCUGAGUCCAGCAGCAGUGAAGAGAUGAUUUUUGGGGACAUGGAAAGAUCCUACAGACGGAGAAAUGAUUAUCUACUUGGUUUUCUUUCUGAUGAAUCCAGAAGUGAACAAAUCCAUGACCGGUCAGUUGAGAUCAUGAGAAGGAGACAUUUUCCUGCACAUAGAAGGUUCCUGAACCUCCAUCACAGAGCAAGAAUAAAUUCUGGCUUCGAGUGACACGCUGGAGGUAAGAGACAAGACUUACAUGGUGACUAUUUAGAAGCUAAA